CGACCGGGUUUUGACAAAUGCCGUAUGAGCCAAGCACCUGAUAAGCCAUGGCGAGCUUAUCAGGUCUGCGUGGAACGGGCUACAAGCAGCUCAAUUGGCUGCUCCUCGUCGAAUUUGUCAUUGCUGUCGUGCUCGUCACUUUCUAUCUGUUCUACCUCAAUCGUCUAGCCGGUGUAGUGCUGGGAUGGGCCCUCAACAGAACGAUCGGCCGGCGGAACAACGCUCGCUUUUUGUUCGAAGGCGUACAAAUAAGCCCACUCGGUGGUCGGAUAGCCUGGAAAGAUGCUCGCUACCAGUCUCGCAAUCAGUCUCUGAGAGUGCUCGAAGGCAAUAUCACCUAUAGAUGGUGGUUGAGGAGGACCAGGCAGGACCAAGACAGCCGUCCAGACGCUCAGAAGCUGCCCUGUCGUCUGGCCAUCCGGCUGGAAGGUGUCGAAUGGUUCCUCUACAACCGCACGCCUUCUUUCGAUGACAUAUUGGCACAGUUGGCAUCCCAGACCACCUCAGCAGCGCCCUCUGUCGUCGACAAAGAGCCUUCUCGCCCUCAAUCCUUCACAGCCCACAUGCACAAUGACUCUGCCGGCGAGCCAGCCGAUUCGAGUGGAGAUAUCGAUUGGCUGCGUGAGCUUCUGCCUGCAGAGGUCAGAGCGUUCAAUGGAAGUAUCGUACUGGGCAAUGCCUCGACACCUACGGUUCUGAUCUGCGCAUUCGAUGCUGUCGCCGGCACGUACGAGACCGUCAAGAGCAGGUCAAAGCACGACAGGUAUAAAUCAGUCUUUCACUUCCUCUUCGAGAAGGCAAAGAUCAUCUUCAGAACGAACCCAGACUACGAGGAACCCCUGCUAGAGCGCGGUCAACGUGCUGCAGACUUACUUGUCGUUCAAAAUGCGCUACCAAAGUCGACGUUUGACCACAUGAGCUCUACCUUUCAAGCUUUGCGCCAGGGUGAUUUUGCAAAACGCUUCAAGCUCUACUCAUUACAGACCCUCGAUGCGCCCUUUGCUCACCCGGACAUGGCAGCAUGGAAAGGCUUGGAGCGAUACCGGACGGAGGACACGACGGGAGCUCACGCGGCGGAGUACGCGAAAGUCACAACCUUGCUCGACACGCCUGCUCUCGAUCUCACUUACUAUGCCGAUGUACCAGGCCGCGUUCCGGAUCAAAUCAGUCAGCGUGCGCACGGUCUGCUCGAUUCGUAUGACAUCGGCAAUGGCGAUCUAGCGCCAGAGUGGGGCGUCGAUAUCCAGAUCAGAGGCGGCGUCGUCAAUUAUGGUCCCUGGCUAGACCGACAGAGGGGCGAUCUCAUGAAGACUUUCACGCCCGCCGUCUUCCUCGAUGCUGUCGAGACUCCGCGCCUACUGCCUGGUCAGACUCGCUUGCACACUGCUCUCAAGAUAUUUGCAGAGUUCACUUCGGCUACCAAAUUUCGAGUUCCCACGCGGGAGCAGUCCAAAGACUGGAAAUACGACGGUAUGACGAACGACACUGACUCGAUGAUCGGUCUCGGGCCCAGACCUUACGGCUGGUUUGACAUCUCAGUCGGUGCUAAUUCCACACUCAGCUUCGUCUUGCCCAUGAUCGCCUCCGCGAGCGGCUACGAUACUGUCAUGGAAGUCCAUCUCGACGAGUUUAGCGUCUCGUCUAGUGUCAAUUACGUCACCUUCCUCAAGGCCUCUCUCUGCCGUGUAUCGCUGCAAAUGCCUGCACCAUUAAAAUGGGAUUCCUUGCACCAUUGGGUCAUCACGACAUCGCUCACGUCCGGCGAGAUCUAUCUCCUGCGAGACCACACAUACCUUAUUGCUGACCUCGUCAAGGACUGGACGGCUGCCCCUGCUGCCCCGUUUACCAACUUUGUACCCUUCCUUUACAGCAUCGAUCUCACGCUCGUCGACUUCAAGCAGUAUCUCUAUCUCAACGAUCACAAUAUCAUCAACAACCCACUCCAGAUCUCUGACAACACUUUGUUGCUCAUCGAUGUGCCCCGCCUGACUGCGCAUAUAGAGGUCCCGUCGGACGUCUAUAAUGCCUCGGAGAAUCUGGUCACGUUCGAAGCCGAUGCCGCAAAUGUGGACUGCAAGUUGUCAUUGCCCGAGUGGAACACGUAUGCUGCCUUUGCAGAGUCGGUCCCGGUUCAUUUCGGCUCGGUGGCACAUCUUCAUCUACACGGCAAGUACACAUACCAUGCACAGGUAGAAGUAGGUCAAGUCGAGUCGCUUGAUCUCGACGCCAAGCUCGUCGAUAUGCGCUUCAAAGCGCUCGGCUACGUCCUUCGCACACUCGUCAACCUGCGCGACUGCUAUUUUGGCGUUUUCACUCACUUUGCAACUCUCGAGGAAUACCGCUCGCGCCUGUCGCGUGACGUUCAAGGGGAUCCACUUGAGCGCAAAUGGCGGCCUGGCUUCAACGAAAUCUUUGAUGUCAACCUAUGCCUCGAGAUACAAGAUGCGGCAAUGGUUCUCCCGGAAGAUCACUAUCGUUGCAACGACGGGGUUGCUUUGCUAGUACCGGAUGUACAGCUACAGCUGCGCAAUCACGAUUCGUUCAUGGAGCUCGCUGUCAAUGCUGAACACUAUCAGCUUGAGCUAUGGACUGCUUGUCAAAACCUCGCGACCUGGCAUACCAAAGCAAAAGAUCGCUUACUCGCAGGCGCGGGCUUCGAGGUCGCGGGCCAUCGAAUGUUUGGGCCUCAGCCUCGCACGUCAACCUACGCUGGCCAUUGGGAUGUCAACGUUGGCUCGAUCGACUCGUGGCUCACUUUCAAGGACAUCAUGAUGCUGACAUCGGUCUCAGCUGCUGUGGGCUUCAGCAUAACAGACGCCGAUAAUGCACUGCCGCCCGACUUCGCUCUGGAUUCGGAUGCUGACGCGACCUUUGCGAGCGUCAACAUCGAGUCGUUGGCCGGUACUAUAUUCUCAGAUUGCCGCACAUCAGCCCUACAUGCAUCACUACCUCUCGGCGUACAAGUACAAUCGAGCACACUCAUCUCGAUGGACGCCCUGUCUACUGUGCAGAUCGAAGUGCCAUCAAUAACGCUAGUCACGCUACUACAAGAGAAAGGACAAGAUUGCUUCACGCAAACGGCCCAGCUGCUUAGCAGUCUGCACAUCGACGUUGUCAAGCGUCGUAGUGAUCUCGAGGACGCCUUUCAAAAGCAGCGCGCAUUCAUCAUGGGCCAGGAUGCUCUCUCACAUCGAUUCAAGCCGCUUGUCAUGCCGCACAGAGGUCGCGACACGCACAUGUCUGGCUUGUUCCUGCCCGCAUUGGGAAGGACAUCGGAAGUCAAGAAGGACCGCAAUGUCUCACGAACAACAGGGCGCGAGGAGGUAUACGGAGGCUCAGAGCAAGACGAAUUCGCAGACUAUGAAGCAGAAACAACCACUGCGACCGCCAGUCAUCGUCAGAGUUACGAGAGGCCAACGUUUUUGCGGUUAACACAACAUCGCAGCAGCUCUUCUUACGAUCACGAAACGCGCCGCCGAGAUGAAGCUCUUGACUUUUGGCAGAAUCCUCAGCAAUGGUUUCUGCGUGAUGGUCACUGGCAAACCUCUGCUUCACCGACAGGGAUCCUCAAGCCACCUGACGUGCUAGACAGCAAUGCGAAGGUACAGCGACCUUGGCCGACUGUCGAGCAUGGCGAAGAGAUGACCUGCGUGCGCGUUACGAGCAUGGGAGGACUUCUUGUCCGCGCCACGCCGCAAGUUGCCGCGAACUUGGUUGCUUUCUGCUCAUCACGAAGUCACACAAGCGCGGAGUCUGCACUUGACUCUUUGCAGCGCGCAUUCAUGGCGACGUACCACGCCGAUGUGCCGGCAUUUCACUCGAGAACGAUUCUGCGCAUCGACGAGGUCGACAUCAAUAUUCGAUCGUGUCAGGACACGCUUCAAGAGGCGGAUGUAAGUGCACUAGCAGAGUCGCGGACUAGGUACAAGAGCAACGGCCGGGGUGUGGCGUCAUGUGCAUCUCUCACUGUCGAUCAAAUGUCGCUAGAGAUGGACAUAUCCGCCAAUACGCGCGUGCAGGACGAAGAUACUCCCCAUCAGCGACUGUACUCAGACCUUUCGCGAAUAGGCUGCAACGUAGCUGCCAAUGACAUCGCCUUGCGCCUGUCUCUGACGGAGCCCGAUGCUUACGACGGGCUCACGGGGGCUGGCCGGCCUUCGACUCUGCCGCGCACACGCACUGGCACUGUGCUUGAUUUGUCUCUCGCGCCCGUCGAUCUUCGGAUCUCGCUUGCUAUGGACAAGUCUAGCGUGCGCGCCCAUUUCGACGGAAUAGAGAUGAUCUUUGUGGAAUCUGCAGCCGAGCUGAUUGCAGGAGCAACCUGCGCAUGGCUACAGGUGGCUCGACAGAUCGGUGAAAGCUCAGUCGAUGCCGAGAUCGGUCUGCCGAAGCCUGCUUCGCGUAGCAUGCGGCAUCUUGUCAUAUCUGCCUUGCAAUCCGCAGCUAAGGAUGGACUGGACACAGAGCCUGCAUUCCUCAAUCGCGCUUCGUACCUUGUGCACGGCGGUCGCCGGAGUCCCAGAGGCGACUUCAGCUGGAAGCUUCUUGCUCACAUACGGCAUUGCGCUCGCCAUGCAGGCUGCCGAGACUUGCGCGGUGCUUCUCUGGAAACUUACGAUCUGCAAGAUGCUGUGGCGCUUCUCAAGGAAUGGCGUAGCUGGGAAAUUGAUGAAAGCGAGCUGUGGGACUUGGCACUGCUUCGCAUGCUCUUUGCCGCUGAUGACGCUUCGCCUGAUAUACUGUGGCAGCAGCUCGUCAGCCUUACCUCGGCAGUGUCGGCCGACUUGCAAGUCGGUCCAAUCACUGCAAAGCUUGCAGAGGCUCGCUUUGGCAAUGCUGCAAAUUUCAUCACGCUACGUCCUCUCAAAGGUCUGCUGCGUUCGGAAGGCUUGUACGAGUCGGGCGAACUCAGGCCUUGGGCAAGCAUUACCUGGGACGGUGCUCAUGUAGUUACACACCCGGCUGUUUUCGGUCUCAUUCGUCAUGCGCUCCGGGUGCGGAGGGUAUUCGAGCAUCGCGUGCAAGCUAGCAAGCCAGCUCCUGCGAUUGACACAAGGCGUACACGUCAGAUCUGGCAGCGGCCGAAGAUCUCGAGCGCACUCGUGCUCACAAUUUUGGCAUCAUGCAAAACGAUCGACGUCUCAAUCGCUUCCGAGCUCAGCGUCAGUCUGGUGAUAGCCGACCUCUAUGCUACCUCGCAAGUCAGACGUGAGCCAGACAGCGAGCUUUCGGGCUCGACGCAGAUUCUGGUCGGACUUCUGGAGCUGACUGCUUCAGAUAAUUCCGGAAAGCCUAGCUCGCUAAUGUCCGUCACGCUAAAUCGCUUUGAGACGUCUGCAGCCUGGCUGUCCGGCGCGUCCGCCGCUUCGAGCUUGUGCUCCAGCUCGGCUACAUCGGUCUUACUCACGCCCACACUGCAUGCAGUUUCCCGGCUGGCCAGCUUGUCCGCAAGGUUUCCACAGAGCGUGAGCCGCAUGCACACCCUAGCUGACUCGUGGCGCCAAGAUAUUGUCAAGCAUUCGGCAGUCUAUCUCGACAAGCUGCGACAGGACUGGCAGGCUGUAGACGAGGCUCUACAUCGCAGUGCAGGCCCGACUCCAUCCUUGGGGACAGCGUCAAACCGACAGGCUAUUCGAGUAGCCAUACAGGUAUCGCUUGCAAACACAAGUGUGCAGAUGCACGCUCUCCAGAAAUUAUCAAUCGAAUAUGCGCUGCGAGAUUGUAGUCUCGGUUUCGAGUCGAUCAUCGGCGCGGGGUCUUCGCAAAGCUUUCAAGGCUCCGUGGAGGUUAGCGGGCACAGCCUAGUAUUGCGCGACAGUGUCAAGUCGGGUUCCCUGCGGCGCAUCGCGUUAUCUGCUGUGCGAGUCGUCUAUGAUCGCCGAGCAGACUGUGCACUGGUCAAACUGCUUGUUGAUCGGUUUACGGCGACAUUAUCGGUACAGCUACUUGAUUAUGCCCUAACAUUGUACCAAGCUAUCGAAGCGGAGUAUGAUGACCUUGAGCCAAUCAUCAAGCGUUAUACUGCUCGGCAGCCAGCCUCGAAGACCAUCCAAGUAGCUUCAGCAUCCAGCAGUACCGUCAAUCCUUCCAUCAGCGCGUCCUUGCUUUUCAGCGGGUUUCAGAUCGCGGUCCAAUCACCUAAAGCUGUCCAAUAUUUCGAGAGCGGCCGGGUCGUGGCGGACAUUAGCAAGCCAUCAGACAGUCAGUCCAUUCUUUGGCAUGCAGCUCUUGACGAUCUUGUGAUAUCCCUGGAUCAGCCACAUGGGCGCACGUCAUAUCAGCGCAAAGUCUCGAGUCGUCAUCGCUUAGCCUAUCUCAUGCUCAGCGUCAGUGCCAGCAAUCAAAAGGUCAAUCUUCCAGAAAUCGUCGAAGACAAAGAUGCCUCUCACCUCUCACACCUUCACCUGAAGAUCUCACAUCUGCAUGCUGUCAUGCAAGCCAUAGCUAUCGAAGCACUGGGCUCACUGAUCGAUUAUCACAUCAUCGAAAUCAAGGCACGGCGUUCUCAGCGAGCAAAAGAGCUCGAAGCGAUUAAAGCGAAGCUUUUGGACGCUUUCGACAGUAACACAAGUUCCUCUGCUGCUGAGGUACCUUGGGUUACGCGCUGUGUUCUCUCGCUCUCGGUGAACGAGCUCGGUAUCGCGAUACCACUCGAGGACUUUGGCACCGAAAAGAACGACCAUGUCGCGGUCGCUGCAUUCCUUUUCGCAUGCAAAAGUCUGACAUUCGCUACACAAAAGGGUAGUGCUGGCUUUGUCAGCAUUACAGGGCUUUCAGCGCAAUUCGUGGAUCACUUCCGUCAAGCUCGGCGAGACCAUUUCGCUGCUCGGGAAAGCCGAAACAAAAUGCUCAUGCCUGCAUUGACGGUGAUUGUUAGUCCGCACGAUGAGGAAGCGCUGCAUACCACAUCGGUCUCGUCAGAAGUCUCAGGAUUAGAGAUAGAUAUGGACCCUUCCAUCCUCAGACGAUUUGUAGCUCUCAGAAGGGUCUAUCAGCUCAGUAACGACCGCUACAACCGCCUCGAGACGCGACCGAGUGUUCAGACAUCCUCGUCACUGGCAUCGGAUGUCGACUCGCUCCCCGAAUCGCAUGUCGAAGCAUCGAGUCGCCAACACCUCUUCAAAGGUGCCUGUCAUUUUAAAAGCGGCGUCGUUCGGCUGCACGCCUAUUCUGCCACACGCUCCUCUUCUAUCGUCAAUGGAUCGAGCCUGGAGCGAACGGCGUCCUUGACAGAGACUCGUGCGGAAGUACCACCGAGAGAUGCAAGAGGAGCUGGGCGUGCCGACGUUUUCGUCUUGCCUGGCGUUUCUGGUACUGUCAUACAUCGAAAGCUGCCACAAUCGACCGAUGCGACAGCACCAUCUGAGCUGCAUGUGGCCUUUGUCAUUCAUUCGUCUACCAAUGUGCUCUAUCCGACACUCCUGCCCUUUAUGAGACAUGCCCUUGCGCAAGUAGACACGGGUGAGGCUGCCUCUACGAACCAAACUCAAGCGCAAUCGCACGAGGAAGAAACGGAGGGUGUCGCCGACUUCGAGCCUCCUGCGAUCUUGGGGGGUCUGAGAACGAGUAUCAGCAUACGCAUAGAUAUUUCCAAGCUGGACAUCAGCUGCGGCGCUGCAGCACCUGUUGCAGUCUCUCUGUCGUGGCAGAGCGGCGGCUUCCUGGUCACUCUGGCACCCCAUGCAAAGCGCGUCUCUCUUUGCGUCAACCUGGACGAGAUUGCAGUCGAUUUACGGCAUUCCUUCUCGCCGGAGAAGUGCAUAGGCGCGAAGGUCAAGGAUCUUGCGCUGUCGAUGACGUUGAAUGUGUCAGAAGUCGCAGGCGAGCCUCAUAUACUGGCGGUAGCUUGCGAUAUUGCGCGAGUAGCAUCGGAGCUCAACGCCCGCCAAUUACAAGAUUGGAUCUGCAUGAAAACAGUCUGGAUUGACGAAUUGAGCGAGCUCACGCAGUCAUCGACGUAUGAUGACCCUGUCGCAGAUGUGGAAGCAGGCCAUCGUAAUUGUGGAGGGUCGAAGCUUGCGGUCACAGGACUCUGCCGCAUUCGGUCGCUCACAUUUGUUGCUCAACUCGGUCAAGCUAUCGGGACCGUCACUUGCGAAGUGCAAGCGCCAUCAAUCAAAUUCAGCAAAUCCCCUCAUGGUCUGCACCGCUCGGCACUCAGCUUCGAUGGCAUUACUGUCUCAAGCAAAGGAAGACUCUCAGGCUCAUUGACCGUUGGACCCUCUGCGCUCAUCUCUGUCCUCAAAAUGCCCAUCAGCAAUACUAAGCUUGUCGAUACAGACCACUUACUAUCGGUGGCGCUCAAAUUGGGCGAGGCAGAAUGCCAGCUUGACUUUGAUUGGCGACGUAUUGCUUUGUUCCACGCUGAUCCGAUCAUGGUGCGGGUGCAAGACGACCUGUCGAACGUCUCGAAUGCAGCUGUACCAAGUCGUUCCAAUGUCAAGCUGAUCUUCACAGUUCGUCUGGGCGUUUGCAACGUUAUCGCGACGGUCAGAACAAUUCCUCUGCUAGCCCAGAUCGGCGUCGACUUGCAGCGCCUCGCGCACGACAGGACACUCAAGGCGAUGCAGAUCAUGCAGCGAGCGAUGCCUAGCCCUUCAAAGCCACCGACUCAACAGCAGCUGUCGCACGCAGUGCCGUCUGGGCAGCAUGUGGAUCACGCUUCGAGUACGACGCUGAGUCUGACUUUUAAGAGCGAACGCCUCCGCAUUGCCAUCUUCCCGAGAACGUUUGCAGACAAUGACGUGUAUCGUGCGGAUACUGGCUUGGUCAGCGCGGCGCUCAUCCGGUGCUAUACAUCCAAUGGCCAGCUCGAGCGCGAUCUGACCGUACAUCUCGGCUUCCUAUCGAUGCGACGGUUGCGGCCAAAGAAGAUAUUGCCCAGCGAGGAACGCGAGCUACACAUUUCGGCCUGGAUACAAGCAUUUCGCGAAGCAACAGAUCGUAACAUAUUCAAGAUACCAACGACCGAUGUCUCCAUGCGAUCCUUACAAGAGCCUGGUACUCGCGUCGUCGAGCAUUGGUUCAAGCUUGUGUACGAUGGCCAAGUGGACAUUGCGCUCAAUUACGCUCUUCUGAAGAGUCUCGGCGAGCUCUUCCAGUCGUUCCAACAAGCACUUGCCCGUGUAGGGUCCGGUACUAUCACAGAUCGAGGAAAGCCAGACGAGCCACUUCCUGUUACUGUUGAGCCACUUACGCUCAUAGCGCGAGAGAACGUUAUCAAUCAGCCUAAGCUCAAUCUACUAGGGGACGCUACGCCGCCUCUCGAAUGGCUAGGCGUGCAAAGGUCCAAGUUCCCGCAGUGGUGUCAUGAAGGCAUGACCAUUCCUCUCGAGGGACUCUUGCUCGUUCUGCAGAGCAAUCUCUACCACAAGCGAUUACCCGCUGAGUUGCAAUGACACCAGCACAACCUGUAGAUACGUCCGUUGUCGUUGUAAACAUUCCAGUCCUUGUAUCGACCUGUGUGACAU